UUUAUUGCCAAUGUGAUGAAAAUUGAAUCUUAGGAUUCAUCCUGUGAGUUUCAUUGUGCAUGAUGGUCUCUGUUCCCCCCACAUGCUGCUGUGAUGCUCCACUGGCUGCGGACCACAGAGGGGCGCUGUUCUCAUGGCUUCUGCUCAGUUACACUUGUCGCUUCAUGUUGGUAACGUUUGAUUUAGACUUUUUUGUAAACAGCAAACUGAGACUGGUCCAAGAACACAUCACUGUGGUUACUUACAUUUGGUUUUAAAUAAUGUUGAAACCGCUGAAUCAAGCCUAGCCUGGAUAUAGAGGUGCUUUACUUCUUAUCUUCAGUCCGCUGCUCUGAUCAUCAGUAUGGCAGCAGCGGUGCUUGUGUCAUCGGCCCGUCCCGGCCACGCCCACCCGCGCGCCCACCUGUGCAUAUUUUAUGCUAAUGAGCAGGUGCCUCGGUUCUUGAGGCGCGCGGCGGGCCGCUCGGGGAUGAGCCGGAUGGAGCAGCGCAGGGAGCAGCGGGAGUCCAGCCGGAGGCUUUUCAACAGGUGAUGCUGUCCAAACCCGACUGACUGCGGAUCCGCGAAACACGAAUGGAUCCCUAUUUAAGACGGAGCUGGAGAAGGCUUUUUCACUUAUUAUCUUUGUAUUUUGUCCUAAUUUAUCAAGCGCAUCUGUCCUGGGGUGUUGAGAGAGUGAACCUUUCUAACAGGGAGGAAUUUAAUAACGGGAGCAGCAGGAUAAAGCAGCAGAAAUGGGACACCGCUUCCCAGGGAGGGCAGGACCUCCAGACAGGAGCUGCUGCAUUAGAAGCCAACAUGUCUUCCUCCAGUCAUUCGCCGGUCAGCAGGACUGCUGCGUCCAAGCUGACGUCCAACCCAGUGUCCUCCAGCACAAAGAGGACACCGACCUCCUCAUGGACCAUCAGCUCUGACCAAUCAUCCGCAACCACAUCAACAUCUAGUCAAACACCAGCAAGAUCAGAAACAUCCAGCCAAUCACCAAUCAGCACAGAACAAGACAGCCAAUCACCAGGCAGUACAGCAGCAGCCAGUCAAUCAGCAACCAAGACAGCGCAAUCCAACCAAUCACAAACCAGCCCAGGAUCAGCUAGCCAAUCACCAGGGAGCACGACACAAACCAGCCAAUCACCAGGAAGCACAAACCACACCAGCCAAUCACCAGGACGCACAACACAAACCAGUCAAUCACCAACCACUACAGCACAAACUAGCCAAUCAACUGGGAGUUCAACACAAAGUAGCCAAUCUUCAACCAUCACAACACCAGAUAGCCCAACAUCAACUAACCCAGAAACAUCCAGUCAAUCACCAUCCAUCACAGCAUCAGCCAGCCAAUCACCAGGCAGUACAACACAUGCCAGUCAAUCACCAGACCACACAACACAAAGCAGUCAAUCAUCAGGACGCACAAACACACAAACUAGCCAAUCUCGAACCACCACGAAACAAGUCAGCCAACCAUCAACUAACCCAGUACAAGCUAGCCAAUCACAAGCCAGUAAAGUGCAAUCUGUUCAGUCACCCACAAAUAUAAGACUUCCUAGCCAAUCGCCAACCACCACAGCCAGCCAAUCAACAAGCAGAACAACACCACCCAGCCAAUCACCAACAAGCACACCAAAAUCCAGCCAGUCACCAUCCAAUGUACAACCAAUGUACAGCCACUCACCACCCACAUUAAUAACAGCUAAUCAAUUCAAAAACAGCUCAAAAACUUCACUCCACGUAUCACUGAGUUUAACAUCACAUUACCAAUCAGAUUCACCACCAUCUGACCAAUCCCUGACCAGUGCAGUACUAUUAAACCAAUCAUCACCUGGUUCACCAUCACCGGGCAACUCAGUUAGUGGAGUCUUUUCCCCAGAUGAGCAUCCAGUUAAUAUUUCACAGCUCACCAGGCAGGCGAAGGAAGCCUUGAAGUCAUCACUUCGUAGGACUCCAGCGGAUCCAUGUGUGUUUCCCUGCCUGAAUGGUGGACAGUGUGUUCAGUCCGAGUCAUGUGACUGCAGCUUGUAUCAGGCCACUGGACACAGAUGUCAGACAGUUCCAAAUCCUGGCUUCGAGAGGGAGAUGACAUGCAGGACGUGGGGCCAGUACAACUUUGAGACCUUUGAUGGCCUCUACUACUAUUUCCCCGGUCGGUGCACAUACACUCUGCUGAGGGACUGUGAAGAAACCACCCAGGCCAGCAUCGUCGUCCAGGUCCACAACGACCCGGGCUGCAGCUCCGCCCCCUACACCUGCCAGCGAUCCGUCAGCCUCUUCCUCCCGUGGGAGGGCGAGGUUCGGCUGCACGCCACCAACGUGACUUUCAAAGGCCAAAGUUUGCAGCUGCCUCAUCACAUCCAUGACCUGCAGCUGGAGCACAUCUCGCAGUAUGUUCUGGUGACGCAGCAGCACGGCUUCACGCUGGCCUGGGAGGGACGCAGCGGCUCCGUUUAUAUCAAACUCAGCCCCGAGUUUGUGGGCAGAACCUGCGGCCUGUGUGGGAACUUCAACGCAGACGUCCAGGACGACCUGAAGACGAGUUAUGGUGUGCUGACUCAUGACAUCGAAAUGUUCGGGAAUAGCUGGGUGGAGGCGGAGCCACACGAGGCCCGAUGUCCCAUGGUGCCUUCUGACUUUCCCUCACCCUGUGCUGCAGUGGAAGCUCACGUCCUGCUGAAAGUGGAGGAGGUGUGUGCGAUGCUGCUGGAUCCCCCAUUUCAGAGCUGCCACGACUUUGUCAGCCCGCUGUCCUACAUGGCCAGCUGCUCCAACGACCUCUGCAUGUCGGGUCCCAGCGGUGAUGUGGUAUGCCAGGUGUUCAGCGAGUAUGCCCGGGCCUGCGCCCAUGCUGACCACCCACUGCACGACUGGAGGCAGCACAUUCCUCCUUGUGUGAAGCAGUGUUCUUUAGGUCUGCAGUACAGGGAAUGCAUCAGCUGCUGCCCAGCGUCCUGCAACCUGGAGCGAACAUGCAUCGACAGCAAGCUGGCCUGCCUGGACGGAUGUUACUGUCCCGAUGGUCUAAUCUACGAGGACGGAGGCUGUGUGACACCCUCUGACUGUCCCUGUGAGUACCACGGCAUGUUUUAUCCGUCUGGACAGACGCUGCAGGAGGAAUGCAACAACUGCACAUGUGUGGGCGGAGUGUGGAACUGUACCGACUACAGCUGCCCAGGCGAGUGCUCGGUGACCGGUGACAUGUAUUUCCAAUCCUUUGACGGACGGAUCUUCACCUUCCCCGCAACGUGUCAGUACGUCCUCGCCAAAAGUCGAAGCUCAGGGAAGUUCACGGUCACCAUCCAGAACGCCCCCUGUGGAGCGAAUUUGGAUGGGGCCUGCAUCCAAUCAGUUAACCUGGUUAUUGACGAGGAUCCAAGAACGGAGAUUACACUGAGUCACGUCGGAGAGGUCUUCAUGGCCGGACAGUACCGCAUCUCCCUGCCGUAUUCUGAUGACAUCUUCCACAUCCAGGAGCUGUCGUCCAUGUUCCUCCAGGUGAAGACGGCAUUCGGCCUGCGUCUGCAGUACAGCUGGAAGGAGUUUCGCCUCUACCUGCAGGCUGAGGAGCUGUGGAAGGAUGACACAGUGGGCCUGUGCGGCACCUUCAACGGCAACAUUCAAGAUGACUUCCUGUCUCCGUCAGGUAUGAUAGAAAGCACUCCUCAGCUGUUUGGAAAUGCCUGGCGGGUCUCGUCAGCGUGUUCACCUAGCUUGAGUAUGCCUCAGCUCGACCCCUGUGACACACACCAGCAGGCCGUGGCCUAUGCCUCAGAGAUGUGUGACGUACUGAACCAGGAUCUGUUCUCUGCCUGCCACGAGUACCUCAGCCCGACGUCUUUCCAUCAGCAGUGUCGCUCAGACACCUGUAAGUGCGGGACGCCCUGCCUUUGCUCUGCGCUGGCCCACUACGCUCACCACUGCCGCAGAUUCUCUGUCAUCAUUGACUUUCGAUCGCAGAUAUCGGACUGCGCGGUCGACUGUCCCGCCACCAUGCAGUAUGGCACCUGCGUGUCGUCCUGCCAGCGCCGUUGCUCCGCCCUCUCCGUCCCGCAGCACUGUGGGGAGGAGUGUGAGGAGGGCUGCGUCUGCCCUCUGGGAUCCUUCUACAACCACCGCACACACACCUGUGUGCACAGGAGCGAGUGUCCCUGCAGUUUCCUCGGGGCAGAUUAUGAACCGGGAGAUGUGAUCAUGACGUCAGCAGGUGUUCAACUCUGUCUGAAUGGUAAAUUGGUGUCCCAAACUGCAGACAGUGACAGGCUGUGUCCAGCUGGUCAGCUCUACCAGAACUGCUCAGAGGGGGAUGAUGGCCUCCUGUCUGGAAGGGGUGUGGCCUGCGAGCACACCUGUGAGUCCUACCUGCUCAACCUCACCUGCUCGACACAUGAGCCCUGCGUGGCUGGAUGUACCUGCCCUCCUGGCUUGCUAAAACAUGGAGACGAGUGCUUUGAGCCUGCAUCCUGCCCCUGUCUAUGGAAAGGGAAGGAGUAUUACCCCGGUGACAGAGUGUCCUCCCCCUGCCAUCAGUGUGUUUGCCAGCACGGGACGUUCCAGUGUGUGUUUCAUCCGUGUCCGUCAAUGUGCAUGGCUUACGGUGAUCGCCACUACAGGACAUUUGAUGGGCUGCUGUUUGACUACGUUGGUGCAUGCAAAGUCUAUCUUGUAAAGAGCAGCUCUGAUGUGAUGCUCAGUGUAGCAGCCGAGAAUGUUGACUGUUUAGACAGCGGAGUCAUCUGCAGGAAAUCUCUCCUCAUCAACAUCGGAAGAUCCUUCAUAGCAUUCGAUGAUGACACUGGGAAGCCAAAUCCAUCCAGUGUGAUUGAUAGGAAGCAGAGGAUGUUCAUCUGGCCAGCUGGAUACUUCACAGUGGUUCAUUUCCCAGAGGAAGACGUCACCGUCCUCUGGGACCGUAAGACCACCGUCCACGUCCAGGUCGGACCUCGCUGGCAGGGAAAGCUAAGCGGCCUGUGUGGGAACUUUGACAUGAAGACGGUGAACGAGAUGAGGACCCCCGACAACAUUGACUCUCCGACUCCACAGGAGUUUGGAAACAGCUGGACUGCAGCGGAGUGUGUGAACAGUCCUGAUAUCAGACACCCCUGCAGCCUCAGUCCUCUCAGGGAGCCUUAUGCGAAGCGUCGGUGUGCCGUCCUGCUCGGUGAGGUCUUCCAGGCCUGCCACCCAGUGGUGGAUGUUACAUGGUUCUACAUGAACUGUUUGGCAGACACGUGUGGUUGCAGUCGUGGAGGCGACUGUGAGUGUUUCUGCACCAGCGUGGCAGCAUACGCUCAACGCUGCUGCCACCAGGGUGUUCCUGUCGACUGGCGAUCUCCGUCUCUGUGCCCGUAUGAUUGUGAAUAUUACAACAAAGUUCUGGGUAAAGGUCCCUUCAGGCUGAUCACCUUCAGGGAUCGGACCACACUGUUGGCAGCCAGCAGUUCCAGUGGCUCUGUGUUCCUGCAGCGGGCCAACCACAGUGCCAUUGCCACCCCAGGAGUUCUGUCACAGUUCAUGAUGACGCCGGGCCUCAGCAAAGCCCGACCACACGACACAUCGAGGGUUUCUUUCGAGGCAGCCGAGAGACCAAACUAUUUCCUGUUCGCGAGCCCCAGUGGCCAGGUGAGGCUGGCCAAGUGGGAGGACAGCAUGGCAUUCUGGGAUGGAGCCACCUUUGUCCUGCACAGGAACACCUGGAUCCCUGGCUACGACUCCCUGGAGUCCCAUGCAAAACCUGGCUUCUUCCUGCACGCCACGCUGCCCCGCCUCCACCUGCUCAAAUACCGACACACUGACAGCUUCCGCAAGGCCACGCUGUUCAGACUGACAGGCCCGAGCCCAGAUGCCCCACCUGGUCCUCGGUGUCAGUGGAGGUACGAUUCCUGUGUCGUCCCCUGCUUCAAGACCUGCAGCGACCCGUCAGCUGAAGCCUGCAUCACCAUCCCACAAGUGGAAGGCUGCCUCCCUGUCUGCCCUCCACACAUGGUCCUGGAUGAGGUCACUCGUCGCUGUGUCUAUGUUGAAGACUGUAUUAAGGUCCCACUUACUGUGCAGCCUGUAACACCAUCCACUGCUCAGCUGACCUCUGUAGCUGUCACUCCUGCAACCACCACGAGCACUGCUGCCUCCACCACCUCCCUCAAAACCACUGCCACCUCCACCACCACCACCACCACACCAUCCACUCCUUCACACACUAGUCCUACCACUAAAAUCACCACCACUACUCCUGCCUUUAUCACACAGACAACUUCGUCCGAGGCACCACCUGCCCCUGACGAGUUGACCAGUCCAGUCACACUUUCUGCAGCUCCUGAACUUUCCAGGACAGCAGGACCCCCGUCUCCUCCAACAGCGCCCCCUACUGUGAGGCCAGUGGUGUUGGAGCCGCUGUCUACUGUCAGAGUGACAGAGGCCCUGCCCACCAGUGAAACAGAUACGACAUCACGGACGACAAGAGCCGUGAGCUCAACUACGAGCCCAUUGCACCCUGUCACGUCGAGGACAUCCGGCGCUCCCUUCGCCAUCACUGCUCUGUUCUGGCUCACCUCCACCAUCGAGCCCACUGAUCUUCCACAGCUGCUCUUCACCACCACUGCCACGACUGGGCAGACAUCCACCACCGCAGCACCAUCUACAAGCUCAGUCGAAGGGCCAACCACCAUCAGUACCCCUCCUCCUGCUGUUCACCCAACCAAAGAGACCACAGAGGCUAUAACGCAUCCAGCAGCAGUCACUCCGAGUGUAACCUCCUCUAGUCCAACUCCUGCUCCGGUCUCAGAGACAUCCGUAGUCACAGACAGCGUUACUGUUCCCAGUACAGCUACCACUGCGUACACAGACAUCAGCACAAAGACUGUAACAGUGGAGCAUCUUCCCCCCAAAACAACUACACCUAUCCCGCCUGGUUUACCAAGCACAGCCUCCACAACCUCUUCGCCUCUCCUGACCUCACCACCAAUCGAAACAGGAACUGUAUCUCUGCCAGUAGUCACUUCAGCUACAACCACAGAAUCAGUCACACCAGUUGCACCUUUCACCACCAGUAAAACAACACCGUACGUAAGUCCAGAGACAACAACACCACCUGUUACCACAGAGAGGAUUCUGCAUGUUACUCCCACUGAACCGACGUCUUCUGCAACACCCGCUGCUGAGCUGCAAACUUCACAGCCACUCCAUGUUGUACCGACGACAACUUCACCAUCUGCUCCUACCUCGGCUACUACACACUGGAGAACAACAACAAAGAAAGUGACCACACAUGAAUCCACUCUGUCUGAAAUACUUGUCGCUACCACAACAACGGCUGUACCUCCACCUCUGGAGAUCACAGACAGCACUACUGUUUCCCACUCCACAACCUAUUCAGAGAGAACUUCCUGGUCUGCUGCCGCCCCAACAACAGAGAAAACCACCUCAAGACCCCAAGAGGUUCCAGAAACCUCCACUAUGUCCACGGGUCAUCCUGUCACACCUGUGUCUCUUACAGAUACCACUACUGUACCACUUUUACCGACAACUGAGAGCUCCACCCAUCCCGUAACUACUGAGAAGACCUCUGAGCCAUGGCGCCCUCCUCAUUGGGAGACCUCCACCACCCUGGUCUACAGCCCGACAGUGAAAACUACACCAGAGGUCACUUCUGAAGCUGUCGUCCAUGUCAUCUCUUCCACUGGAACUACUGAAGUGCCUCACCUCCCUGAAACAUCACAGCCAGUUCUGACCUCUUCGACAUCAGCUGCUGCUACAGCUACUACUGCCAAAACUACAACCUCUGCUGAAAUCUCAACUGCAGAAAUUGCAGUCGCUACAACCAGGACACUGGUUACACUGCCUCCUUCACCUGUGCCUGGUAUUCCUGAGACACAUCUCACCACUGUCUCCACAAAAGCUCCACCAGAUGUUGACACCACCACUCUCAGACCCGUCAUUGUUCAGCCGAUUACAGGGACAACACAUCCAGUGACUGGCAGAGUGGAGGUGUCAACAGGAGCUACAACCACGCCGCCUCCAUCUUGGUCUCAACUGUACACGACCACUUCCACUACAACUCCAAGGCCAACAACUGCACAGGACAAAGUCACCACCCGGCUGGUGUCCACUGCAAGAGCUACACCCUCUACAACAACUACAACCACCACCACACAGACGACCACCCUCAGAACGACACCCAGAGUUCCCGUGACAACAAGAGUCACUCCCAGAAUCACGUCGAUUCAGAGAUCAACUGUCAGGCCAGUCUCCGCAAGGGUUACCAUAGCAACAAGGCCUCCAGCAGUGACGAUCACAUCCACCAUUCCGGGCCCACCAACAGUCGCUCCAAGCCCUGGCACAGCAACCACGUUAGGAGUGCCACCUACUACCAAAUUGGUUACUACAGUGAGCCUGACUGAACAUGCCGACACAACUGAAACAGUUUCUCGCCUGACCACCAUAACUGCUCCAGCACCCGUUCCUACUCUAACAACCGUCACGGUAUCUACAGCUGUCCCCACCAGAGAGUCAGCUACAUCUGAGAAAACCCUGACAACCAAAGAGACUGACGCGUCACCGCUCACAUCUCAACCAGUGACGCCUCCUCCAGAUACACUGAUUUCCACCCAGAGGUCCACUGUUGCUACUGCCACUACAGCUUCACUCCCAGCGCCCACCUCGGUCCAAACGACUGAGGAGGACAAAGUUGAUCACACGAGUGCAGUUGCAACAACGCCUCCUGCGCAACCAUCACUCUAUACAUCUUCAGAAACGACCAGGCACACAGCAGAGGGGACGACAUCCAUAGCUGUGUCACCUACAAGGAUGUGCACUCCUCCGUAUGCAGAGAUAGUCGAUGAGUGCACAAAGUACAUCUGUGUCAAUGGCCAGCUCGUCCUGUUCAACAAAUCACAGAGCUGUCCCUUCACUGCAGACCCUCCCAACUGCGGCCUGCUUGGCUUUGCCAUCCUGGUCAAUGGAGACAAGUGCUGCCCGAAGUGGGACUGUCCAUGUCGCUGCUCGAUGUUUCCAGAUCUAAAUGUGAUCACAUUUGAUGGGAACAGCGUUGCAGUCUACAAAGCUGCCUCAUACAUAGUGACCCAACUGCCCAAUGAGACCGUCAGUGUCCUGGUUCAAGAGUGUCCAGCUAACUCUGAGUCACCACUCCUCUGGAACUUCACCAACCUGUGUCUGGUGGCACUCAACAUCACCCACAACUCCAAUCACAUCAUCAUCAACAGGUUGCAGAGGAGGCUCUAUGUAAAUUCACGGUACGCUAAGCCUCGAUUCAAAAAGUUUGGAUUUGAGAUCUACGACACAGGCAACAUGUACCUGAUCCGCAGCCCGGCUGGUCUUAAGCUGCAGUGGUACCACAGUACCGGCAUGAUGGUGAUCGACACCGACAGCUCCCGCACCAAGCUCCCCACCAAGGGCCUCUGUGGAUUCUGUGACGGAGACCCAACAAAUGACCUGACUUUGGCCAAUGGCACCACAGUGGGCGUGAGUGAGGAUCCAGCUAUUUUCAUCGACAGCUGGCAGGUUCCCAACACCACCAGCUACAUCAGCCACAGCCGCCGUAGAGAGCGCAACUGCUCCACGAGCGACUGCUCCACCUGCCUGGUCAUGCUGCAGAAGCCUGCCUUCACUCCCUGCCACGCCUUCGUCCCACCGAACACAUUCUGUGAGGUUUGGGUACGAGAUGAAGAGUACGUCAACAACCAGUGUGUGGCGCUGGCUGCCUACGUGGCGUCUUGUCACAAAUUCAACAUCUGCAUUGAGUGGAGGAGUCCAGAUUACUGCCCCUUUGUGUGUCCCGACACUCUGCGGUAUCAGGCCUGUCUGCCGGCCUGCACCUCUCAGUCCUGCCCCAACCACGACUUCGACUCUGACCCGGAUCAGUGCUCAGGCCUGACGGAGGGCUGCGUGUGCCCUGAGGGAACGCUCCUCCACCGGCCGUACUCCGCCCUCUGCAUCUCACCUGAGAAGUGUGCUUGCACUGACAGCUCUGGUGCUCCUCGUGCACACGGCGAGGUUUGGAAAGCCUCGAAGGACGCCUGCUGCAUGUACCGCUGUGACAACGACACCAUCGUCCCAGUGGAGUACAACUGCUCCAACAUUGUGGAGCCAGUGUGCCAUCGAGUUGGGGAAGUGAUCAUCAGCCUGGCUGACGACACCAGCUGCUGCCCACAGAGAGUCUGCGUGUGUAACCAGAGCUUGUGUGACCUGCUGCCUCCUGAGUGUAAAUAUGGGGAGAAGCUGGUGUCGUACUACAGACAGGACUCCUGCUGUCCCGACUAUGUGUGUGAGUGUGAUCCUGACCUCUGUGAAUCAGACGUUCCCUCCUGCAGAGACGACCAGACUCUGAUCGCCACCAGAGCUGAUGGCAGCUGCUGUCUCGCACACAUCUGCAUAUGUUCGUCCUGUCGGGAGUCGCCUCCUCUCUGUGUGGACGGCGAGGUGCUGACGGUGGACAGUAACACCACAGAUCGCUGCUGCCCCACCUACCAAUGUGUGUGUGAGCCCUACAGGUGUCCCCAGCUCGGUUGUCCUGUUGGGAUGUCGGUGAUGUCUGUAUCAAGUCCGGGUCGCUGCUGUCCCAACCAAACAUGUGAGUGUUCCUGUGAAAAGAUCGCUUCCCCAAAAUGUGGCCUGGGAGAGGCUGCUCAGCUGGACCGGGCCUUCCUGUCCGACCCACAGAAUCAGUGUGCCUGCAAAAGAUACAAGUGUGUGCGCGAGGCGGUGUGUGUGUUAGGCGAGCGAGGUGUGUUGCGGCCGGGACAGACGCUGGUGGAACACGAUGACGACGGCUUGUGUCACAGCAGGCAGUGCAGCCGCAGCCUCGACCCGGCGAGCGGCUUCCACCUGCUCCGCACCAGCAGCAUCAACUGCUCCGCCCACUGCCAACCAAAUCAGAUCUACGUCCCUCCGAAGGAUCAGUCUACCUGCUGCGGUGUGUGUAAGAAUAUUUCCUGCCUCUACGAACACGAGAACGGGACAACAGUUCUCUAUAAGCCGGGGAAGUCCUGGGUAUCAAACUGCAUGAAGUUUGACUGCACAGACACUCUAUCUGGACCCACGCUCAUCUCUUACACCUUCAGCUGCCCACCGUUCAACGAAACAGAGUGUAUGAAGAUCGGUGGAACUGUCGUAAGUUACAUGGAGGGAUGCUGUAAGACGUGUACUGGAUUCCCUCUGUUCCCUUUCCCUGUUAGCCCCCUGACUCCCACAGUUAACACAAACUGUGAACGAGGCAAAGAAGAUGGGAAGUCAUGCCAGAAGGUGACGGUGAGGAUGACCAUCAGGAAGAACGACUGUCGCAGCAACAGACCGGUGAACAUCGUGUCAUGUGACGGGAAGUGUCCGUCUGCAAGCAUCUACAACUACAACAUCAACACGUACGCUCGCUUCUGCAAGUGCUGCAGGGAGACGGGGCUGCAGCGGCGCUCUGUGCAGCUCUACUGCAGCGGUAAUGCCACCUGGGUCAGCUACACCAUCCAGGAGCCCACCGACUGCUCCUGCCAGUGGUCCUAAACACAUACACGCACACGCACGCACACACACACACACACACACACACACACACACACACAGUAUUCAGAUCUACAUCCUCUAAAACCACAAGAGAUAGAAGAAGAGGGAGAAGAAACCACAGCCAUGUUGCUGUAGGAUGCUGGGAGAGUGAAGCACUGAGCUGUGAUUUCCAGGGCUGAAUGACUUUUAUCAGUUAGUUGCCCAGGUGCCUCUGCUGGCAGGGAGGAGGUACUGCAGAGCAGCGAGACAGGUCUUACUCCUCCGCAGGCAGCAUCAGUCUAUAGGAGGCCGUAAGGUGACCUUUGACAUCUGAUUUUCCCCUUCACAGUGAAGCAAAUGGGGUGCAACAAAAACAAGUGUGGCCCGCUUGACACCACACGAUGAGUUUUAUUGAUGUACAUAUAUACAUGUCAUUUCAGAGAAUUGUGAUUUUGACAUUGGCAUCUUUUUGUUUUUCAUACAUUCACACAUUCCACAGUUUAGUAAGUAAACACCUUCAUGAUAUUUUUUAUAACUCUACAUAUGAAAUUCAUGGAUUGAAGAUGUAUGAAGAAGAACCGAAGACCCAAAGAAAAACAAAACAACAUAAAGAAAAUAAACAAAUAGAUAAAUGCAUAACAGAAACAUCUUUUAUUACAUAAAAUUAAUGUACAUGUUAUUACAAGUUAUGUACAGUGAAACAGUUUUUUCUUGCAGUUUUUAUUCCUGUUGUUAAGGGAGGAGGGGAAAAUAUCCACCGUUUGGUGCAAUUAUAUAUGCUUAUAUAGUUUUUUUUGCACAAAUUUCCCUCUUUCUGUUCCCCAUACAGUGUUUCAUGCUGUGUUGCAGUGAACAGACAGAAACAAAAAGAACACAUUUCAUUCUUAAAACUUUCAGAUAAACUUCCUUCGUUAUUCAAAGUGGAAGUUUCUUCACUGUCAGAAUGAACAGUAGGAAUGAUUCCACCGAGCAAAGUCUGUUUCAGUGUUUAGACUGUUUUUGUUAAAAUACUUGAAUCACUCAACAGAAAGGAUCAAAUUUCACAUCAGCCUGUUCUCUUCUCUCUAAAAUAAUCAGGUUUUAUAGACAAAUGAUGAACAAUCUCAGUAGUAUUUUUUUCUCUGAUGUAAUGUUAAUGUGAUCGAAUGAAACGAGAUAUGAAAUAAUUAAUACAAUAUAACAGAAGGUCACAAAAGUCUCAAGUUACACUUUGUCAAGAAUAGGUUAUAUAAUUUAGUUGAUCCCCAUAUCACUAUGUAUUGUAAAAAUAAAUUAUUAGAGGGAUAAAAUGUUAGGUAUAUUUUGCUAAAUACAUCACAAAGAAGACAUCUAAUGUUAAAACUGAUAACUGUUCCAUUUGUUUUAGAUAUGAACUAAUGAAUGCAACACAAAAAGUGGGAAGAACCACAUCAGUCUAAGUUCUUUGGAAUCACUGAUUUACCACAUUUUGGUAUCAACAUUUUGCUCACUUCCUGUUUUUGUCCUGUUUUUUUCCCAAGUUGUGUAGACAAGUCUGAGGCAUAUUUACUAAAGUUGUUUCGGAUCUUUAAAUACUGUUCUGAUAACUAAGUGCUAUAAUCGAUCAAAAUGAUGGAUGACCAUUUUUAAAAACACGCUGCUUAACUGCGCUGCUGCUCUGCCACCUCCCUGCCAGCCAGAGUCCAGAGAACGAAAAAGUAAGUUGCUGUUUUGUGUGUGAGCGGGAAACUGUUUCUCUGCGCUUCUGUGCUGAAAAGUAAAAGAUUUUAAAAUAUAUAUUGAAACGUUCGUAAACAGGCCAUCAGGAAAUAUCACCAUCAUCCUUUUGAAAUGAAUAUUUUACCCAGAAAUCCUUCUUUGGUCUUUGUUUUUUGUAAAUAACUCAGUUUCAUAAUUUCUUAAAAUGAUUUGCAAAAUCAAAUUCUUAGAUAUUUCACUUCUAGAAAGACAACAAUAAACUGUAUAUUCAGUGAUGUGAAAUAUUCUUCAUAUAAUCAACACUAGUGAGGUGUAUUAACUGAUUUGAAUCCAGCUGUACGUGGAGCACUUUAUUUAUUUAUUGGAGUUUGAUAGAGCACAGCCGUUCACGACCUGAAGAGAAGCAUUCAAUCCAACUAGACAUCAAACAAAACUGACAGGAUCCAAAACUUUGAUUUGGUUUUAUUCCCAGCAGCAGAAUAAUGCGGAGAUCAUGGUGUUGCGUUAUAGAUGUACGUUUCUCUGUGGACCAAAUUCUGUAAUGUGUUUGUCGAUGUCAAACAGACCCACCUGGAUAGU